CAAACAUUGAUAAUCACUUAAUGUGUUAUUCUCUUGCAGUACACUUCGUUCAUUCUAACCAUGUCACCCGAUGAAUAUUCGCAAAUGAAAAAUUCUCACAUAGAGAGAAAAAAACGGACGUAUUUCGAAAUUUCCAUAAUUUGUUGCGUUUUAUCACUAUUUUGUCUACAAAUAUAUUCGUUUUAUUAUCUUUAUGAUAUUGACAAUAAGUUGAAUAACGAUAACAUUUUAAAAAACAUUGCACAACCUUCGGAACAAUCUAAUAUUAUAUCGAAUAAACGAAUGAAAAGGACUGUAAAUGCAUGUUGCAAAGAUGGGUAUCCGGGAUUGCCUGGAUAUCCGGGUAUGAAGGGUGAACCGGGAUUGCCUGGACUUCCGGGUCGCGAUGCUAGGAAGCAUAUAUAUUCACGGUUUUAUAACCUUUUUAACCUUUCUUCGGCCAUCAUGUGCACCCAAGGAGAAUCGAGAUUAAUCAGAAAAGACGACCUGAUGCCAUUCCACAUUCCAAUGUUGACGUUAUCUGCACCACUGUAAUCGUUGCCAGCGUUGCUCAUCCGUCAGAGGUAACACAAGAUGGGGUCGACGGUCGAUAAUGCUGCAGUCCAAGAGACCUUAUCCGGCGGUAAACCGUUACAGGAUGGCUUUGUUCUCCUAAACACCAGCCAAAGAUCGAAUUGUCGUAAAUCGAUGUCUAAUGGCCAUAAGUCUAAGUCAUUGAUCUAGAACUUCAUUUGUGCCCCUUCGACGUUCGGUGCCUAGUCUUCUUCGAUUUUGGGUAUUAUCAAACCACGCUUGACAACAUCUCAUAACAGUAG